CAAGGCCUCAGUGUGGAGACGCUGAUCGAUAUGCUGCUAGUGCUGUACGACGAGUGCUGCAACAGCAGCCUGCGGCGAGAGAAGGCGAUCGCGGACUUUAUACUAUACGUAAAGCCAGUGGCGACGGCUCUGAAGCGGCUGCGGCUGUCGAGGGAUGACUUCGAGCUGGUGAAGGUGAUAGGGCGCGGCGCGUUUGGGGAAGUGUGCGUUGUACGGGCCUCGUUUAUGCAGGGAACCGAGUGCGGUGUGAACAGCACGGGCAGUACUGUGUCAGCCUCGGCCGGGGACAGAGUGUACGCCAUGAAGAUACUCAACAAAUGGGAGAUGUUAAAGCGUGCGGACACGGCGUGUUUUCAAGAAGAACGCGAUGUGCUAGUGUUUGGGGAUAGGAGAUGGAUCACCAACUUGCAUUACGCUUUCCAAGAUGAACACAAUUUGUACCUGGUGAUGGACUACUACUGCGGCGGGGAUUUGCUUACUUUACUAUCAAAGUUCGAAGACCGCCUGCCCGAGGAUAUGGCGCGAUUUUACAUCGCCGAGAUGGUUCUAGCCGUGCAUAGCGUGCAUGAAUUACGAUAUGUGCAUCGGGACAUAAAGCCAGACAACGUUCUACUAGACGCAAGCGGACAUAUUCGGUUAGCAGAUUUUGGCUCGUGCUUACGAUUAGGUGACGAUGGAAAAGUACAAAGUAAUGUAGCAGUAGGCACUCCGGAUUACAUAUCGCCUGAAAUUUUAAGGGCGAUGGAGGACGGUCAGGGGCGAUACGGACCUGAAUGUGAUUGGUGGUCGCUUGGUGUGUGUAUGUACGAGAUGCUAUUCGGCGAAACUCCGUUCUACGCGGAAUCGUUGGUGGAAACAUACGGGAAAAUAAUGAACCACGCGAGGUCCUUUCACUGCCCGCCGCCGGACGAACAUGCCGCUCAGGUGUCAGAGGAAGCCAAAGACCUCAUCCGAAGGUUGAUAUGCGCGUCAGAAACCAGAUUAGGCAGAAAUGGCCUUCAGGACUUCAAGAGUCACCCGUGGUUUGCGGGCUUAGACUGGGACAGCGUGCGUGAGAUGCAAGCACCCUUCGUGCCCGAUGUGUCAAGUCCCACUGACACUUCUAACUUCGAUGUUGAUGACACUGAUAUACGGUUAUCGGAAGCAGUGCCGCCACCGCGAGCGUCGGCUGCUUUUUCAGGUCUACAUCUGCCUUUUGUUGGGUUCACCUUCACCGGUGGCUCGCGGCUCUGCGAUUUGGGUGCCCCUACUCCACUCAGUCCCGCUAAGAAUGCUACUAAACAGGCACCGUCAAACGCGAGUGAUCGUGCGGCGCUUAAAGCGCUUGAACGGGAAAAUGCUCUACUCGCACAAACCAUCGCCGAUCUGCGCGCAGGGGAUGCGGCGGAACCCACAACAGAAGAAGUAGCACAAUUAAAAGAAGAAAUAUUGGCAUUGACCAUGAGAAACAGCGAGUUAGAGACCCAAGUGAGGAGGUUCGAACAAGUCAAUGCUACUAUUGGCUCACAGGAAUUAUCAUCGUCACCGCAAGAGCUAGCGACGCGUCUGAAAGAAUUAGAAGUUCUAGUGAAUGCAUUGAAUUUGGAGAAGGAAGAACUGCUCAAAGACAAGGCGGACACCAUUGAGAAAUUGAGAUUACAGGACAAAGAGCUAAAGGACGCAGUGUCGCAGCGCAAACUCGCGAUGACGGAAUAUAAUGAGGUUACUGACAAGUUGUCCGAGCUUAGGCAGCAGAAACAGAAGCUGUCCCGACAGGUCCGAGACAAAGAGGAGGAGUUAGAAGUGGCGAUGGCGAAAAUCGACGGCUUGCGACAAGACAUCCGUCGCGCGGAGAAAUCGCGCCGAGACUUGGAAGCCAGACUCGACACUGCCAUCUCUGAAGGAGCUAAGGAGCGCAAGUUACGCGAGGAGAGUAUGAGGCUGCAGCGAGUGGAGGCAGUAGAAGCGGCCGGCGGGGCGGGCUCCACGGCCGCCGACGUGGCUAAACUACAGGCGGAUAUUGAAGCGCUAGAGAAUCAAUACUCGGAGUCGCUGGCCCAACAACAGGCGCGCUACGCGGCCGAACUGUCCGCUCUCAGGGAUCAGUUGCACGAGGGAGACGCGCUACGCUCACGGCUCAAUAGAGAGUUGCAAACAUCAAAGGAGAAGCUAGAAAACCGUCGAUUGGAGCAACUAAAUGAUAGUGAAGAUAAGCAAAUGCUCAUCAAUGAGAACAGGAAACUCGCUAAGGAUCUUGAGGCUAUGGCAGAAAACGGUAGAAGAUGGCAAGCAGAGAGGAGACAGUUUGAAAUGGAGUUAGAGGAGCUACGGGCUAAACGAGAUUCGAUGCAACAUUGGGAGACUCAAAUAGCAGACAUUAUCCGAUGGGUGGCCGAUGAGAAAGAAGCUCGUGGGUACUUGCAAGCUCUCGCCACCAAAAUGACUGAGGAAUUGGACUAUCUUAAGCACGCGAGUGUUACUCGGACAUUCGGUCCGCCAUCUUCCCCGCCGGCGGUAAGCAGUGGAACAGGUGGUUGGCGGGACAGAAGGUCGCAGAAAGUGGACAAGAUGGAACUCCUCACUCUACAGAACUCACUCCAGUCUGAAGUACAAGCCAAGCAGGCUGUAGGGGAAGAGCUGAGCAGGACUCGCGCUGAGCUACUGGCUAGCCAGAGGGAGCUAUUGGAAACUCGUCAACGUUUGGACACGCUAGCGCAUGACAUGAAGCGCAAAGAGCAGCACAUUCGCGACAUGCAAGCCAAGCUCGACCAGCCCCACCAGCCUUCCAACUCCUCCAGGCAAGGUUCAGCCAAGUCGUCGAGCUACUGGAGUGGUAAAGAAGAGAAUGUCCUGGACCGGCCGCCUUCUCAGAUGAGCUACUUGGAGCAGUUCUUGAAAGAAGCGCCAACGGAGCGGCACUACGACAACGUAGCUACUAUGAAUAACGAACAGAAGAUGUCGCCGCAGUACCGUUACAGAAACGUUCAGCACUUUUGCAAUGCAAAGAUGAUGUACGGCUCACAACAAUCGACGGCUCUCAGCGGGUCCGCGGAGUCGCAGGACGAAUUAGAGGGACGCGCCGCCUCACCUAUCUCCUGCAAGAGUUCACCCAGCGAGAUGUCCACCUAUUCCCUACAAGAUCCUACAUUAGGACCGGCGGUGCCCGGCAAGCAGAAGGUCCACCAGUUCUUAGUGAGGACGUUCAGCAGUCCCACCAAGUGUAACCAUUGUACGUCGCUUAUGAUUGGACUCACACGUCAAGGUGUGGUGUGUGAGACGUGUGGUCUGGCGGUGCAUACGCGCUGCUGCGGGCGGGUGGCGCCGCGCUGCCCGCUGCCUCCCGAGCGCUCGCGCAGACCCCUCGGCAUCGACCCCGCACGGGGUCAAGGCACCGCCUAUGAGGGCUAUGUUAAGGUGCCGAAACCUGGCGGUGUGAAGAAAGGCUGGAUGCGACAGUUUGUCGUGGUGUGCGACUUCAAAUUGUUCCUAUACGACAUAUCACAAGACAGAAACGCUCUGCCGUCAGUGUGUGUAAGCCAAGUACUGGACAUGCGCGAUCCUGAGUUUAGUGUGACGUCAGUCAAGGACUCCGACGUUAUACAUGCGAGCAAGCGGGACAUACCGUGUAUAUUUAGGAUAUCAACAUCACAACUGGAAGGCGGUAAAAGGUACCACACACUAAUGCUGGCGGAGUCCGAAUCGGAGAAGACCAAGUGGGUGGUGGCCUUAAGUGAAUUGCAUAGGAUAUUGAAAAGGAACAAUUUACCCGACAAAUGUGUCUACAGUGCCGCUGUACUAGCGGACGCGAGCGGCGCCGCCGCAGUGCGAGGCGCGCAGUGCGCAUGCGUGGUGGAAGGAACCAGGGUGUGCGUUGGUGGGGAGUUCGGGCUAGCGUUACUUGACUUGGAGCGGGCCGAGUUGGUGCCGCGGCGAGCCAUCGCGCCUGUGCACCGCCUGCGAUACGUGCCCACCGAACAGUUGCUAGUGGUGAUCGCGGGUAGAGGCAGACAUGUCCGUCUGGUGCCGAUUCGUGCGCUGGAGUGCCCUGAAGCGGAGAGCGUCAAACUGGGCGAAGCGAAAGGGGCAGUCGACGUGGCCGUCGGGGAACUACAUUCUUCCGCGUACGGCUUUGCUGUAGUGUGUAAAAGACAGAAUUCGUGGGUAGUUAUAGUGUACGAGAUAACUCGGACCGCGGCGCGUCGGUGUCGUGUCGCAGAGCUGAGAGCGGCGGCGCCGGUGCUGAGUGUGCAGCUGCUCCGAGGCCGCUUACUCUUGGGCUAUAGAGGCGGCCUGGUGGCGCACACGCUGCGGCCCAACCACGACCCGCAUCCUCACCCGCCUGCAGUCUCGCUGGUGCAUCCCGAGAACCAAGUGGGCGUUUUCCUAGCACACUCCGGAGCUAGGCCCCUCUGUGCCAGGCCUGCGGGUCAGGACUGGCUUCUGGUGUUCAGUGCUCUGGCGUUAUACGUGGACCGUGCGGGAUUGAGAGCGAGGGAUACUGAGCUGAUGUAUACCGCACAUCCUGUGUACCACGCCAUCAACGACAGCCAUUUGCUGAUAUUCACGACGUCACACAUCGACAUCUAUGAUAUCGAGUCGGGAGAGUGGGUGCAGACUAUUAAUUUACCGAACGCGCGUCCUUUAGACGAAGCGGGUUGGAUUGUUUUAGUAGGAGGGGCAGGCACGGCCUUCCCCUUCACUGCUGAUACGGCGCCCUACCUCGUCUACCUGCGACCGCUACUAUCACAGGGCCCGUUGAACCUAGAGCACACGUCGUACGGCACAAACAAGCGGCGGUUUUCCGUGCGCGAACAGUCUCACCAGGCGAUAGAGGCUCACAAUCGAUUAUCGGAACGUCGCUCGAAGUUGAUCUCAGCGCCAACAAACUUCGCACAUGUAUCGCACAUGGGCCCUGGGGACGGCAUCCGGUCACAGCGUCUGUUGGACCUGCCCACCACUGUGGAGACUGCGGAUCAUGAUCACCAUCACCAGAUGUUCGGCAGUCGAGACAGCAGUAAACGGACGUCACCUCUAACGAUAUCACACCCCACCGGAUCCUAUAACGGAUCAUGGCGCGGGCGAUCCCGCGACGCGCCGACCGAGGCUCCCCCGUCUCCGCCCACACACCGAGCGAUGGACAGGUCGGUCGGUGGUGGUUCGCUCGGCAGCGGGUCUGCGUUGGAGCGAUGCCUCACUCCACUGAGUCUGGGUAGCAUGAGCUCUCUACACGACGUGCUCAAGGUGGGCACGGAGUUAGGCGAAGGCCUACAAUCGGAGGACAGUAGCGGGGCUUCCCCGCCGCAUCCCAACGACCCCUGAUGAAGUCAACUGGACACGUAUUGGAAAAUCGACAUGUCCAGGUUCUACGCUUGCUUCUGUUAGCGCGGCGCGCUGUGGCGUGACGUCACGCCACGCCACGCCACGCCACCACACGCCACGCCACGCCACGCCACGCCGUGUGGCGCGCCAUACGGACGAUAGCUUGAUUACCAUACAGUGAUAUAUUAUUACAUAUAUUAACGUACCAUAUAGUAGUUAUAUCGUAACGUGUUAUAUGACGCAUUCUUGUUAGAUGUUUUAGCUGAAUGAUUCCAAUAUUUACAAUAGUGAAUUAUUUUUGGCAAGCAAAAUAAUUCAGCUCAAGGCACAUUGCGGCGGAGGCGAAGCGACUCGUCUUUUCUGAAAAUGUAACAAAUUAACAAAGAUUAUAAACGUCCAGAUAGACAAAUCUCAUAUAAUUACGUUUUGAAAAGUGAAGAUAAAAAUGUAAUGAAAUAAAAUCCCAAGAGUCAGUUCUUUGUAAAUCUUGUAACUUAUAAUUUAAAUUUUUAUAUAUAAAAAGUGAGGCUAUAAUUUAUUUUAAUUAUUGUAAAAUAAAUUUUAAUAAGUGCUUAUUUAUUUGAGGUAAAACGUCUAACAAAGUGUAGUUAAUGUGUUUUACACUUAUGAAAUAAUAGUGUCCUUUAAAAAUAAUUUUAACUGAGUACAGUUAACAGGGCUCUCUCCGUCACUUACUCCAUACAAUCGUAGUUCCAAUUUCAUUUG